UAAUUAUUCAGAUGCUAUUUUCAGAACGCUGUUUUUAGAUUAUGUAUAAAUCUUAAUUUCAAAAAACUGACCCUUAUAAUUGGUCCAGAAUUUUCUUUAUUCCCAUCAAUGUCUUUUUUUUUAACGUAUUUUAAUGUACUUUUAGGUAACUUGAUGGAUCUCGAUAGAUAAAAAUGAUAAAAAUGAUACCUUCUGGUUUCAGAACUAUGGACAGCGCCGAUAUAUAUUCUUGGCUUUUUGUCUCACGUAACGCACAAGUUACUAACACACUUUGGGGGUAAAAAUCAGUAUCACAUUCUCUUGCCUUACAAUGCGUGAACAAACAAUAAAACGGACAUAUUUCUCAAUCUGCAACUAAUCCAACACCGGUCACACAGUUAUUAUUCCAGACUCCACCAUUCCCCAAAUUAACUCAUGCAACAUGGCGAGUCUGCAACAUCGAGAGGGUCUGCAUAAAGAUGAAGAACCUGCUGCGCUCCAAAUGUCAAUCAGAGUGACGUUGGUGCGUGUCCUUUCAUCUCUAUGAAGGUGGGGGUUUGUGCUCUCAUUGACAUUCUGAAUGUAAGUCCGCGCCUUGCCACACGUGUGCAUUCCAAGCACGUCACAAACAACUAACGCACUACAUAAAGGCAUUUACUGAUAACAUUUCAACAAGAAUUGCAUGUUGCUUGAUCUGACUCAGAUAAAUAAAGCGUUAACACCCCUAAGGAGGUCAAAACGAAUCACUGAAGGGAGUCGUUUUAAGGGCUUUGUUUCAGUAAUGAACGCGAAUCACUGCAACAACAGGCUGAUCAGGUAUUGGAUAUUACAUCCGCAAAACUAUCAUCAUCGCUUUAUUACAGAUUUAGAUUAAAAAGGUAAGAGGGCGCCAAAAGACAACUGUUGCGCGAGAUGAACGCCCAGAAAUUGCUUUAUUUGUGCCAUUGUGUAAUUCGGAUUCUGCAUAUAACCUACAGGUUGCAUGGUUUGCGUGAAAGUGAUUUCUCAGGCAUUAAUCCCACCAUGAUGAGCCAUUAAUUCAUAAGCUCCCUCAUGUGAGUAAUGAAACGAAUGCAACAAAUGUCAGUGAGGGUUUUCAUUUUCGGUUGCCUAACGGUUGCACUUGUCGCCGAUGCGCGUUCACACAGCCCUCCCCCUAAACGGUGGGCAUCGGUGACGCGCGUCUGGGGUUCAUGUUUAUGUCUGUCAGGUUUCCGAUUGGGCGCCGUGUGGAUGUGUGAUGAGCAUCCGCGCGCCGUGGGCGGGAACAGUCAUGUUUAUAAACCACAGUACGCGCGCCGUGGGCGGGAAGACUGGAUUGAGAACGUAGCGAUUCGAGAGCGAGAGGACGCGCGGCAGCGGCGGGCGGCUGUGGCUGACUGGAGCUUGUGGAGGAGGCGCGGCUUCCACUGCCCCUCUCCACCGAAACAGCUGUAUGGACGACCACCUUAGCCUCCUCCACUCGCCUCCGCCUUCCUCGAGCAAGCACCGGGGCAACAACCUCGUGAACCACGGCUACACCGAGAACGAGCAGGACAUCAUGACAAUUGUUGCUUGCGACAACAUGCUGGAGGAGUCGGCGGCGCUGCCCGGGCACCACUCGCUGGAGCGCUACGAGCCAGACCACGAGUGCUGCGAGAGAGUUGUCAUCAAUAUUUCGGGCUUGCGCUUCGAGACACAGCUCAAAACAUUGUCCCAGUUCCCCGAGACUUUACUUGGCGACCCCAAGAAGAGAAUGCGCUACUUUGACCCCCUCCGAAACGAGUAUUUCUUUGACAGGAAUCGGCCGAGCUUCGAUGCCAUUUUGUAUUACUACCAGUCCGGGGGGCGUAUACGGAGACCCGUGAACGUUCCCAUAGACAUUUUCUCCGAGGAGAUACGCUUCUACGAGCUCGGGGAGGAGGCCAUGGAGAAAUUUCGAGAGGACGAGGGCUUCAUCAAGGAUGAGGUGCGCCCUUUGCCCACUAAUGAAUUUCAGCGACAGAUGUGGUUGCUGUUUGAGUACCCGGAGAGCUCGGGUCCGGCCAGGGGCAUCGCUAUCGUCUCGGUGCUGGUCAUUUUGAUAUCCAUCGUCAUCUUUUGUCUGGAGACGUUACCAGAGUUCCGGGACGACCGAGACACGACGACGGUUACUAACGGGACUCUCUCUCACCUGACGAGCCCCUUCUCUGACCCGUUCUUUGUGGUUGAGACUCUGUGCAUCAUCUGGUUCUCGUUCGAACUGCUCGUCAGGUUCUUUGCGUGCCCGAGCAAAGCCACGUUCUCCAAGAACAUCAUGAACAUUAUUGACAUCGUGGCCAUCAUACCUUAUUUCAUCACUCUGGGCACCGAGCUCGCGGAAAGGCAAGGAAACGGCCAGCAGGCGAUGUCCUUGGCCAUUCUGCGGGUCAUCAGACUGGUCCGCGUGUUUCGGAUUUUCAAACUCUCGCGGCACUCGAAAGGGCUCCAGAUUCUGGGGCAAACGCUCAAAGCCAGCAUGCGAGAGCUGGGCUUGCUCAUUUUCUUUCUGUUCAUCGGGGUCAUCUUAUUCUCGAGCGCCGUCUACUUCGCUGAGGCGGAUGAUCCCGACUCGGGCUUCAACAGCAUCCCUGAUGCGUUCUGGUGGGCGGUGGUUACCAUGACGACCGUGGGAUACGGCGACAUGCACCCGGUCACCAUAGGGGGCAAAAUCGUCGGCUCCCUGUGUGCGAUCGCGGGCGUGUUAACUAUCGCUUUGCCAGUGCCAGUCAUCGUGUCCAACUUCAACUACUUCUACCACAGAGAGACUGAGGGAGAGGAGCAGGCGCAGUACCUCCACAUCGGCAGCUGUCAGCCCUUGUCCUCCUCCGAGGAGCUGAAGAAGACGCGGAGCACGUCGUCGCUCAGCAAGUCGGAGUACAUGGUCAUUGAGGAGGGCAUCAACAGCGCCUUCAAGCAGCCCAACUUCCCCGCUCAGAACAACCAGAACUGCGUGAACAUUAAAAAGAUGUUCACAGACGUCUAGGCUGAUGAUGGCAACGCCGUAGGUUCAUGUCACGACAGUCAAGUGCUGCUGAGUGUGUAGCCCUCCAUUUCCACGACGCAGAGGAAAUGGUUACAUGUUUAACGCGCCAGUCCCAUGCAGUGUUUAUCACCUGUUUGAUUGAACCAUUUUACUGUGAGGAGGAAGCCGCUAUCGGCUUUCGGUCCAUUUGCUGUCUUUAGGGUACGUUCAUUCAUAUAGGCAUUAUGUGGCAUCAGUAUGGCAAGCCGCUUUCACAUCUAUCCCUUAAAACUAACAAGCACCUUUUUUGUUUGUUUGUUUGUUUUUGUUGUUUGGUUGUUUUUUACUAGUAAUUCUAAUUACUUUUCUGCCAGGAUAGUAUCCAGGAUAGGACAUUUCCUUGAACCCAAAACCACAACACAAUGAAGUGCAAAAUACACGUAAAGCACCAGUAAAAAAUACAGACAAUUUCUUCAUAUUAAUAUAGUACACCAUGCCCUACCUCUACAGUUUUUUAAGAACUGUAGUAUUUCUUUUCAGGUGGUGGUGCAGGAUUUACUUUAAAACAAUUUUCACUCAAAAAUUCCAAGCAAAUUUCACAAAUAGGCAUAAUUACAAUAAAGAUUUAAUUAAACAUGACAUUUUCAAGUAGAAUAACUGAAAUAGUAUUUUCUUAAAAAUAUAUAUUUUUUUAAUUUUUCCAAAAAAUACUUAGCAUUUUUUUUUUUAAAAUUAUUUUAGGUUAAUAUAUCAACUGUUGACUUCCGACUAGCAUGUACUAGUAACAUUUUUUUUUAUUUUACUUUAACUAUACAGUAGCCAUUCAGACUAGUCUUUUGACUAGUUUUCUGAAUAGUCUUUACAUAUGAAAAGUUAAAAAAGCAAUUUUGUCUAAUCAUAUGCUGUAAGAAAUGUUACUUACUGUUGAAAUACAUAUUUGUACCUCAUAAGUACUAGUCACUAACAAAGAUGUACUAGUAAAAACUGGAAUAAAUGCCAGCAACAAUUAGCAAAAAUGCCAGCAGCAAUUAUAUAUUUUUAGAAGUGAACAGUUAAUAUCUGUAUCAGAAAUCCAUGUACAAUUCAGUGACAAAAAAAAAAAAAUUGCUUCCAAAAACAAUCAAGUUACUUGUAACUUCUGGAAUGGUGACUACUAGCAAAAGUAAGUACUAGUUAAAGCAAAAUAAAUAAGCUUUCCAUAGAUGUAUGUUUGUUAGGAUAGGACAAUAUUUGGUCGAAAUACAACUAUUUGAAAAACUGGAAUCUGAGGGUGCAAAAAAAUCAAAAUAUUCAGAAAAUUGUCUAAAUGAAGUUCUUAGUGUCCAAAUGACAUUUUACUAAUCAAAAAAUAUGUUUUGAUAUAUUUACGGUUGGAAAUGUACAAAAUAUCUUAAUGGAACAUGAUUGAUUUGUUUUCCAAACAAUCAAUAACUUUGACCCAUACGUUGUAUUUUUGGCUAUUGCUACAAAUAAACCCGUGCUACUUAUAUUUGCCAGUUUUGUGGUCCAGGGCCACAAAUUUAAAAGACACCAGUCACUACGGAAUGACUUACUCUAAUAUAAAUAAAUAAAUAAAUAGUUUGGGGGGCAAAUGUUAAAACGGCUUGCCACAGUAUCAAUAUUUCGUCGAUGACAAGUUAAUAGCUCUUCUCUUCAAAUGCACUCAUUGCAUCGCAUAGUCUACUUUGACAUGACAUUGCUGGAAACUUAGUCCAGUUUAGGGAGUUUAGGGAGGGAAGCGCUUAUUAUAAUGAAAGAAGAGGUAGCCUAUUUAAAAGGUAUUGUGUAUUUUCUUACAUUACGGACAAGUGUCGCUCCGAUAACAUAUCACUUGUUGGAAUAAGUGUCUUAAUGACUAAUUUUGUGUGCUUUUAAUGUGUAUUGUCGUCUAGUCAAGAGUUCCAUAUCAAUCAGAUGCAUAA